CGAAAUGCGGAGAAUGCGGGGAAGAGCGGGGAAGGGAAUGGCAGUAGGAAAUGAUUGUAUAUCUUUGGCUGUGACCAUACCCAAUGUCGAUCGACAUUAGUGCAAUGGACUGGCCGGAUUGGAGCUGCUCAUUCUAUUAGCCUCAAAGGGCUGUCUUCAAUAGGGUCACGCGCAGAAUGGCCCGGGUAGGCGGGCAGCUGGCCGGUGGACGCUAUAUCUUGGAGCGACAUAGCCCCCAACUUCCCCUUCUGCUCUUCUCCAAACGCAGGAGCAUCAUAUCUGCCAGAUCUCUCCUCACUCCAAAUGGUUCAGGUCAAGAAACCGGGCGAUGUAGCCCCAAGUGAUCCCCAUGCCCCCAAGCCACGAGUGGGAGAGGGAAAGCCGGUGAGGGAUGCAGACACGCAGCGCCUUGAGGAGAUGGGAUACUCACAGCCGAUGGAGCGGAAAUACUCGGUGCUGUCUGUGCUGGGCGUAGCAUAUUCUCUAACGAAUUCGUGGUGGGGGGUGUCUGCCUCUCUGGUGACUGGCAUCAACUCCGGAGGGUCAGCCUUACUCGUCUAUGGGAGCAUUCUGCUGGCCCUGGUCUCCACUGCCGUGGCGGCAACUCUUUCGGAACUGGUCAGUGCCAUGCCAAACGCUGCUGGGCAGUCGUUCUGGGCCAGAGAGCUGAUUCCUCGCAAAUACGCUCGACUUGCCUCCUACAUCACCGGCUGGCUGGCCUGGUCGGGGUCAAUCUUCGCUUCUGCCAGUGUUGCAUCGGGUGUUGCAUCGGCCUGUGUAGGGUCUUACGCCCUCUCCCAUCCAGCACUGGAGAUAAAACCUUGGCACACGCUGGUAGCAUACCAGGUCGUCAACCUCUUCUGUUUCUUCUGUAAUAUCUACGGACGGACCCUGUCCUUCGUCGGCAAUGCGUGUCUUUGGACCAGCCUCGGUGCCUUCGUCGUCAUUCUCAUUGCGGUUCCCGCACGUGCUGCAACUCAUACCUCCCCAAGCUUUGUCUUCGCUUCUUUCUCCAAUGCGACCGGCUGGAAAAAUGACGGCAUUGCUUUUAUCGUGGGGUUGAUCAAUGCAAACUGGGGUUUCAGCGGCCUCGAUGCAGCUGUCCACCUGGCGGAGGAGAUUCAGCGGCCGAAGAAGAUGGUGCCUAUUGCAAUCAUGGGAGUAAUUGCCAUCGGAUUUGUGACCUCCUUCGCCUUCGUUCUCGCGAUGAUGUUUAGCGUCCAGGACCUCGCCGCGUUCCUGGCAGCCUCUUUCCCCAGCCUGGAGCUCUUUCAGCAAGCCCUGCGCAACGACGUCGGUGCCAUCGUUCUGGAAGCAUUGACUAUUGCCACCGGUAUGGGUAACAUGAUAUCCUGCCAUACCUGGGCUGCACGGCUCUGCUGGUCCUUUUCCCGCGACCACGGCGUCCCGUUUUCACGAGUGUGGUCCCAGAUUGCUUCCCGCGUCGAGACUCCUUUGGCAGCGCACACCCUCAACACGAUCAUUGUGGGUGCCAUCGGUUGCAUCUACCUCGCCUCGCAGACGGCUUUCAACUCAAUGGUGACGGGAUGCAUCGUCCUCCCGUACCUGUCCUAUGUGUUGCCGGUUAUCGGGCUUCUGCUUCGUGGCCGUAACAACAUUCCGCAUGGCCCGUUCUGGCUUGGGAGGCUGGGCCUCUUAGCCAACUGGGUUUGUCUGGGAUGGAUUCUCUUUACCUGGGUCUUCUACUCAUUUCCUGCGCAAAUGCCUGCUACAACUGGAAAUAUGAAUUACAUCUGCGUGAUAUAUGCCGUCAUCGGUUGCAUCAUCGUCACGGACUGGUUUGCUCGAGCACGCAAGGUAUAUUUGUCUAACAUUGCGACGAUUGACGGGCAGGAGAUAUAUGAGUUCGAUGAGGGAUGGAGGGAUUGUUAAAGUGGUCUCUGAUCCAGAGACAAUUUGAGCUGCUCUGAUCCGACCUCAGUAGCUCAACCCCAAUCUCGAGGCAGGCUAUAUAUCUGAGUAGUAUGAUGACGCUUGGACAGGCGGGAAUUCUAGGCAGAAUCUGUCACUCACACGAGGCCAAUGUCAGUGCCACCACCCAACAUGGAGGGCAGAUCCGAGGAGGUAGUGAUGUGUAUUGCGGAAGAGAAAUGAAGCAUUCUUAACGACCAAUUUGCUUAAGUUUCAGUGAACAGUGCAUGUUCAAAAUCACAGUUUCUGUAUCUUCAGAGUCGGUGCUACCUAGCAACCAUUAUGGCAUUCUGCAGACAUCAAU